AUGGUGCAGAUAUCAAUGCUAAAACUGAAAUCGGAUUUACCCCCUCUUCAUUAUGCAGCCAGAGAAAAUAGCAAAGAAACCGCAGAAAUUCUUAUUUCAAAUGGUGCAGAUAUCAAUGCUGAAGACAAAUAUGGAUGUACCCCUCUUCAUUAUGCAGCCAGUAAUAUAUGGAAAGAAAUUGCAGAAAUUCUUAUUUCAAAUGGUGCAGAUAUCAAUGCUAAAGAUAAAGAUGGAUUUACCCCUCUUCAUUAUGCAGCCAGGAAUAAUAAGAAAGAAAUUGCAGAAAUUCUUGUUUCAAAUGGUGCAGAUAUCAAUGCUAAAGAUAAAGAUGGAUUUACCCCUCUUCAUUAUGCAGCCGAUUAUAAUAAGAAAGAAAUUGCAGAAAUUCUUAUUUCAAAUGGUGCAGAUAUCAAUGCUAAAGAUAAAGAUGGAUUUACCCCUCUUCAUUAUGCAGCCAGUAAUAUAUGGAAAGAAAUUGCAGAAAUUCUUAUUUCAAAUGGUGCAGAUAUCAAUGCUAAAGAUAAAGAUGGAUGUACCCCUCUUCAUUAUGCAGCCAGGAAUAAUAAGAAAGAAACUGCAGAAAUUCUUAUUUCAAAUGGUGCAGAUAUCAAUGCUAAAGAUAAAGAUGGAUUUACCCCUCUUCAUUAUGCAGCCGAUUAUAAUAAGAAAGAAAUUGCAGAAAUUCUUAUUUCAAAUGGUGCAGAUAUCAAUGCUAAAGAUAAAGAUGGAUUUACCCCUCUUCAUUAUGCAGCCGAUUAUAAUAAGAAAGAAAUUGCAGAAAUUCUUAUUUCAAAUGGUGCAGAUAUCAAUGCUAAAACUGAAAUCGGAUUUACCCCCUCUUCAUCUAGCAGCCAGAGAAAAUAG